GAGCCAACUAGGAUGAAGCGCAAACUGCUGCAUGGCUGCUACCAGCCCUGCCGGAGAGGCUGAGGGUGGAAUCCAAAAGUGGGAGGAGAAGGAGGAGAAGGAGGAGAAAAAGGACGAGAAAGAGGAGGCAGCAGGGCCGGUGUUGAUGGCAGAGGGGGCUCUGAAUCCCCCUGGGGGCCUGCUGUCCCAGAGGAGGAAAGCCCAGGAUGGGGGCCCCCAGGAGGUCAAGUUGGAGUUACACCCGCUGCUGAACAGGUGGGCUCUGUGGUUUUUCAAGAAUGACCGCAGCCGCGCCUGGCAGGACAACCUGCAUCUGGUCACCAAGUUUGAUACUGUGGAGGACUUCUGGGCGAUGUACAGUCACAUCCAGCUGGCCAGUAAGCUCUCUUCCGGCUGUGACUACGCCCUGUUCAAGGAUGGCAUUGAGCCCAUGUGGGAAGACAGCAGGAAUAAGAGGGGUGGCCGCUGGCUGGUCAGUCUCGCCAAGCAGCAGCGCCAUAGCGAGCUGGACCGCCUGUGGCUGGAGACCCUGCUGUGUCUGAUCGGGGAGAGCUUUGAGGAGCAUAGCCCGGAGGUGUGUGGGGCUGUCAUCAACAUCCGAACCAAGGGGGACAAGAUCGCCGUGUGGACGAGGGAGGCAGAGAACCAGGCGGGCGUGCUGCACAUUGGGCAGGUCUACAAAGAGCGCCUGGGCCUCUCCACGAAGAUAGUCAUUGGGUACCAGGCCCAUGCAGACACAGCCACCAAGAGCAACUCUCUAGCCAAGAAUAAGUUUGUGGUGUGAUGAGACCUUGGCACCACUCUCCAUUCACUCCCUGCUCUGUGCGCGUGUGUGUGUGUGUGUGUGUGUGUGUGUGUGUGUGUGUGUGUGUGUGUAAGGGGGUGCUGGGCUACAGUGCUGAUGCUGGGCAGGACUGGGGGGUAGAAAAUGGGGUUCUCACGUGUCCUUGAAUUAAUAUGAACAUUCUUUAACAUGAGUGGGGGCUCAGGCCUAGGGACAGCUCUGUGGUCGGGGAGCCAGUCUGAGGACCCAGGAAAGGUGGAGGAAAGCCCUGAGUGUCUUUGUCACGGAGUGUCAAACCCAUCUGAGGGGGGUUGGGGUGAGUCACUGGAGGAAGCAGAGCUCAACUGAAGGUGGGAGGAUGACAAGAGCAUCAGCAGUCCAGCACUUAACUCUGGGUGGCCUGAGGGCCAGACUCUUCUGUUUUGGGGGGGGGCAAGGCCGCUGACACUCUGAGAGCAGGGGCUCAAGGACGCGGUGUGGGAGGUGGGGGCAGGCUCUCCUCUUUGCGCUCACUCUACUUCAAGCCUUUGAGUUACCUUCUCAUCGGAUCUGUAGCCUUGGGCUCCUACCCUGUACCUUGUACUUUCCCUCAACCAGAUGGAGCAGGCUCUCCGUCACAGGGUUUGGAGGCUUAGAGGCAGAACCCCAUUAUCUCACAGACAAGGGUAUCCUCUCGCCCUUUCCUCAGCUGUGGCCAGGCGUGUCUGCGCCUCGCCUGCCUCAGGGUCAGGCUGAAGCGGAGGUGGGUAGAUGGAUGACGCGUUGGCCCAGGAGUUUUGGACAGCGGUGGUUAG